AUGCAAAAUGGAAAUGAAAAGAGGGGUAAUUUCACACAAUACAGUUAUGAACAGAUGGAACGUAAUUUCACACAAUACAGUUAUGAACAGAGGGAACGUCAUUUCACACGUCCAAGGACGUCACCACCAAAGAAAUUUACUAAAGUUGAAAGAGACCCAAGAUGUAAGGCAGUGGCAGACUCUGCAGUGGAGGCUACACGAGCUGCGGCAAAUGCAGCUCAAGAAGCUGCAUUACAAGCUGCAGCAAAACUUGCUGAAGCAGGGGAAAAGGCAGCUAGGGUGGCUGAACUUAACGAAAACUGUGUUGCUUCUUUGAAAGUCUCACAAGAAGCAGCAACUAGAACGCAUUAUUCCACCUCUAAAUUGGCUGAGACAAAGAUUAAGGCUGAACUGGAACAAGAGCUCUUAGGAGUGCAGAACAUGCAGUACAAUAAUGCAGAAAGGAAAUAUUCUGUCCCAUCUUCAAGGACGCUUACACAGAAACAAAAUACAACAUGGAGAAUUGAACAAAGAUGUAAGGCAGUGGCAGACUGUGCAGUGGAGGCUGCACGAGCUGUGGCAAAUGCAGCUCAAGAAGCUGCAGAAGCAGCAGCAGCAGCAGCUGCAUUACAAGCUGCAGCAAAACUUGCUGAAGCAGCGGAAAAGGCAGCCAGGGUGGCUGAACUUGACGAAAACUGUGUUGCUUCUUUGAAAGUCUCACAAGAAGCAGCAAAAGAAGCAGCAACUACAACGCAUUAUUCCACCUCUAAAGUGGCUGAGACAAAGAUCAAGGCUGACCUGGAAAAAAGAGCUACAAUCGACUAA